CCGAAACCAGUCUGCUUUCAAGCUGCUUGCGCUCGCAAGAGAACUGGCUGCUCCUCUGAUAUCAAACGAUGCUGCGGAACUCACUGCACCGUGGCGUUUGGGGUCGACGCCCGAAGAGACCUCAAUGUAGAUUUUACGUCACCGGUAAAAUUCCUGACUAUCACUCGAAAGUCAACUUCUUCGUUUUCUCCGUCGACAGGGAAGCGGCUAUGCGGAAAAUGAGCCUAGCAAUGUCAGUGAGAUGCGGGCAUCGAAGUGUGUUGCAAGCUCUCGGAGAUGCAUUACCCUUCCAGUCAAACCACAUCCGAACAAAGCCGCUUCUCAUGCAGGCUGUGUACCUUCCUAUGUGGCUCAUACAUGCAGAGAUUGAAGCGAAGAUAUGGCAACCGAUGGCGCCGGACGGCGAGAUCCAGCAGCAAAGCGUACUAUGUAUUCAACAAGCUCAAAGAUCGUGCAUGCCAGGGAUCGCGCAUGACCCGUUGUCUCGAAUCUCAUUCUCAUUACAACGAUCCAACUGGAUUUCAUUUUGCAUCCCCGCCUCUGAGUUGCAUGACCAACCUCUCGAAGAGGACAUUAUAUACAUGGAAUUCCAGCGCAGUCCGUUGGACAUUGUGGACGCCGUCCGGUCGUUCUCACGAGAACAAGCAAAUAUGGGGAAGGACACACGGUUUCAUCCUGGUACCGUGAAGGAAAUCUUCUUCUCAGCGAACCCUGUUCUAAUGCCACUUUGGUUGGCACAAUAUGAGACCGUUUUGAAACAAAGAAUCACUGUGAUACUUGAGGCGUAUCAUGACAAUGGUCGCAUCAUUGUCGUAGAUACCGAUAAACCGGCUAAACCCGUCUUGACGGAGAAAAAGACUUCCGUACUGAAGCUGAUCACCAAAUUCCUUCGUCGACAACUUCCUUACAACCGUCAUGUCUACUCCGCUGAAGAGCGCACCGAUUUCGCGCAUGUCGAGACUCUAUCCUUCGUGGAGCCGGAGUAUCCACCGGGUCGUGUUAUGACGGAGUGGAUCAACGAACAUUUGUCUCAGGGGUUGUUGGUGAACGACACCGUGCUCGGCCGGCAUGGAGAUGGUAUACCGGCCUCAGACUGGGAAGACCCUCGUAUUCGACCUCUGGUUCUCGAAGACACCAUGCGCAACGACCUCUACAUGGAAAUUGACUGUUACCGUCGCGCCGUGGAAGCAGUACUUCAGGCCCGCAAGCCCGGCUACACGAGCAAAAUGCACGGCUACGUUGCCAUACCCAACUUCUCUAGGGUGGACAAUAUCACACCGCGCAUGCGAGAAAUUACAAGCAUGUACCGCCGCGUCGCUGCCAGCAACAGAGAGCUGAGAGAAAUAGUGCCCACGGAGAGCUUGCGAGCGCGGCUGAAAGAGGCCGAGCGUUGGAUGACGGAGUGGCGACCGGAUUGGUGGGAGGAGCGCGAGAGCGGUGUAGCUAAUCCCAUCGGGAAUCCAAAAAGUGGUCGUGGUUCCACAGCGCGGACCCCGAGAUCGUGAGGCUGGUGACCGUAAUGCAUAUAGAUGAUUUUUGCUAGGGAUGUAGAGCACAUGACCUCCCACCCUCGAGGAUGGGCCACCGAUUAGACGUCAAUGGCUGCGAUGAUUAAGUGCACGUAACGAUUUGCCGUGUUGCCUGGAGGAGGGGCAGUGACUUCGACGAUGAAAGACUUUUCACCGCUUCAAAUUUGGUGAAGGAUGCGAUAUAUUUGAAAUCUCCAUUGUUUUGUGGUAGAAUUACAAUCACAACUUAAC